AUGCCGAAUCAUCUCAGUCCAGCAUCGCUCGUCUACCAACGCGGAGCAAUGUACCCAAACAGCCUGCUCACGUCCAGCCCGUCAUCUCCACUCCCACCUCACCCUUAUGCCAAUCUCUCUGCCAACACUUCCAUCAACCUCGCCGUCCCACAGAUAUUUGUGGUCAAUCCCACCAGCGACAACAUCUUCCUCCAUGUCAAUUCUGAAACCGCCCAUGCUGCCAUCAUCGGCCUCAUCUACUCUUCCAUGUGGAUGGGAGCCCUCGGUUGGGAUAUUGUCUCCACCAUCUCGUUUGACAUUCGCGUCAUCAAGGAGACGACGUGGUCCAGCAGCUUCUCUAGCAUCUACUCGAUAGCCUACCUCCUCUCGCGCUACGUCAGUCUCUCUUGGCUCGUCACUGCCGUCACCAACAGCGUUAUCAUGACAAAUCACUGUGAUGCUUGGAUGAAGGGCAGCACCGCGCUCUUCAGCACCGGAAUUAGCGCCACCAUGCUCGUUUUCUGCCUACGCACAUGUUCCAUCUGGCACAUGAAGCAAAAGGUGGUCUCCUUGGUCGUAUCAACCUGGUUGCUCGUCGUCGCCUUUGGCAUACUCCUUCCAGUCAUGAGUUACGGAUCCCAGCUGCCCACUUCCAAUUUUUGCUCCUGGCAUUUCAACGGCUUCUACGUCGUCGGCGUGUUUGGCUCGCUCCUCAUCUUUGAUCUCGUCUGCCUUGUCCUCACCGUCUGCAAACUCAACAAGGCUGGCUGGCGCGGUCUCUUGUGCAGUCUGUUCCCUUCAAGUCGACACAACCUGGAUGCGGAAGAUGUCAAGACCAUGCUUGUCCAGAAGACCACCGCAUUCUUUGCCAUUCAGUUCCUCUUUCUUAUCUCGGCGCUUCUCGUCUACGUCUUGACUGACACGUAUGCUUAUCGACUGAUGAAUUUGGUCGCCAGCAACGCCGUCGCAAGCUCCAUGGCAGGUCGUAUCUUUCGACGCGCUUGGCGACAGACCCGCGAACUUGCGCCUCACAAUGUUAAUCGACCUCCGUCUUACUUUCUCGCAUGGGCUGAGGAGCAUCGCGAUUCUGCCCUUAGCGCCAACGACAUUCAUUCCGUCUACAGCCCCAUCAACGAUUCUGCCGAUGGUGGCCGCACAGAAGCCGCCGCCUCCAACCCAACGCGCACGAGCCGCAACAAGGACAAACACGAUUCGCUGGCAUUCUACGUUGAGGGUGAGUUCCGGCCUCAAAACAAAGCCCGCACCUUAUCGGACCCAUCUUUGCAGUCUGUACCAAGAACACCGACGUGCUUGGUCGCCACACAUCAGAUUCGUGACGUCGAGGCAGCCCAUGCCUCUAUCGACGCUUCACCGGACAUUCUCAGCAACGUGCCAAGCACCAUGAUCAUCGCUCGCAACAAUCUCGUAGUGCCAAGCAAUAUUAACGUCGGACCUUUGCGCAGAGACUCUUCAGCGUCUCAGGGCGCGCCCGCUCCUGCCUACUCGCGUCGUUUGGGCUCAGCGUCAUCGUCUCGACCGCACACGAGCGAAGCUGAAGUCCCGUCCUCCUCUUCGGCGAGGCGACCGAAUUCUGCCGGUGAUGUGCUCCCGCCUCGACGGGGCAGCCGCCCAUUGGUGCCGAAUAUGAAGACUCGAUUGGACACAGCUGUCUCGCAGUCUCCCCCGGUCUGCAGUUUCCUCGGUUCGCCCAGCAGCCCGGUCGUUACCGCAGCAUGCGCACAGAUUGGCCUUGCAACUCGCGACCACGAUCAAGAUUCGGAUGACCAGCAUGAAUUUUUUAUGGAGGAGAAACGCCGCACCUUUGUCACCUCACCGCCGUUGUCUGCCGGAGUCCGGCUCAAUAGCAAAGAGGUGUAUGACGUUGACAGUGUCAAAGCCGCCGCACGUUUCGGGCCAAGGCAGGUGCAUCUGCACAAGCAACUCAAGCGUCCCGCAACAGCAUCUCCUGUCUCUCCAGGGUCUGCUUUCGGAUGCUCAGGAAGCUGUCAGUCCGUUCUUGCAGCGGAAACUGAUCCGCUUCAACGUGGCGCAAUCGGAGGUAGCAGCGGUCCUGCAGAGACCGCCUACUUUGGCUUCUUACGUGACGAUCCGCUCACAAACAGUGCUCAUCGCAACCCGCGUCCUCGAACAGCGCCUGAUUUACCAUCACCUUCGCUAUCUGCGUCAGAGUCAGUGUCCUCGCACAGGACGCUCUUGCCGCGGGAUGCUGUCAGCGAGGCUGCCUCGUCGGAUGUGGGGCUAAGAACUUGUCCAAGCGUGACUCUAGCAACCGACAAGAUAUCUGCGGUUGAUGACAACGCGCUACUCGCUUUUCGCGACACUGUGGAGCAAGACUCUCGCGACCGGAUCAGACUUGAUCGGAUUGAGCCGAGAGUAUCGGUUGCAAAAGCUGGGGCUACAGACGAAGCGCGUCCACGCACGUCUCGAGGCAACACAGCAUGUUCUACCGAGAGCUCCGACUCGAUUGAUGACCAAGACAGCCUAUCGGGCAAUGUCCUUGGCUUCCACGGCGAUCAUCGAGGCCGUCGUGCAUCGACAUCGGCCCACGUUCGUCCUGGCGUGUCAUCGCGCGACAAAGUUGGCUCUCAGACACGCGCUUCAACUUCUGCAGGCGCGAGAGGCCGCCUAGUCACCGGUGAUGGCGGCAGCAGCGCGAAUCGCCCGUCGACAGCAGUUGGGGAGGGCGUGAAACCAUUUGGGUUUAGUGUGCUUGCCUCGUCGUCACGCCCGGGCUCUCUGACGCGUCUGAGGUCUGCAAUCAACGAUGAAGAGGACGAGGCCGAGCCUGAGCUCGGAUCGGUGAUUCAGAAAGAAUACGCCAAGCUGGCGGCGCGUGCUCAGAUGCCGCUCGAUCCGCCGUAG